GCCAUGUCAGCCGGGCAAUGCGGGGGAAAGCUCCCCCUCACUUGACGUAACCCAAACAUGCCCUGUGAUGAUAAAGCAGAUCCUGUGUGAGGGAUCCCUGAUGCACACAUAUAAUAAGAUGGUAUAACGUGUCGUUUGCGAAUGCAAGAUGCGGAGAUGCAAAACCAAGACACUGUGCUUUCCAUCUUCCACGCUGCAUGCGAAGAACCCGCGAUUCCUGCCCUGUCUCUCCCAUCCUGCUCAGUUCCGGACAACAACCACGGCAUCGACCUUUCAGGAGUGGCGGAGGGUUCCCAGUGGACUAAACGAAAUCAUGGCUGCGCCGGACAAGAUCCAUUUGACGGUCGAGGAUACCGGCAUCGUGCCCUUCAAGCCCCAGAGUACAGCAGCGGCAGAGAGGACGUCGGAGCUGCUCCAGGAAAACCACGAUAGGCAUCACAUCUACUUCAACGACACCGGCUUUCACAAUCACAUUGCGCAUCACCUUCUCACUCUUUACGGGCUGGGAGCCCCGGCUUCUGCUAUCGAGAGGCACUACAUGCAGAAUGCCUCCUACCAGCGGCCCGCUGUUCUACUCGAGGACAGUGUUGUCCAAGACAUGGCGGCCAGUCCGGACCAUUUCAAGACGUAUCUCGGACAGGGCAAAUACUAUCGCGACUUCCUCGUCUUCUGGCAGAAGGAGAUGGAGAAGAAGGGAUGGGAGAACGUGCUGAAUGAGUACCUUUUCGCGGGGGAUGAGCGAGCUGAUGAUCUGUUGACUCGGAUGUAUUCUGGAUUUUUGCAUCCUCUCAUACACCUCGGGUUUGGAAUUGAAUUUCACCAGCCGGCAAUCAUCGCGGAAGCAUUAGCCCAAGCUGCCACGCACGACUCAUGGACCGGGGAUUACCUCCUCCGAGUCGAGAAAGCUUCGACGUCCCCAAGCACCAAAACUCUCCCGCAGCUGCUUGACGAAAUUAGAGCCGACAAGAAGCUAUCUACGGCUGCUUGGUGGAGCGAUCCGAAUAAGCUACGUGAUGGGACGCUGGGGCGCGCAGCGGAUGAGAUGAUCCGUUACGCAAGCCAGUGGACGGUGUCUCCAGGAGAGCUCGAGAAGAAGACGGCCGAGAUGACCAACGCCGCGAUAUACUUUACAGCUACAGCCCAGAACCCUCCAAAACAGGUCAAAUUCGACUUCUACUACAUGCAUUGUGUCAACGCCUCUGUCUUCUUCCCCACCUUCAACGCGCAGUCCUGGCUCUCCGAAGCUUCUAAGAUCCGCCUGCUCAAGUUCAAGGGCUAUGUGGAUCUCGCCAUGUACGCAUCUCGGCGCUCCCCCGAACUCCUCUUGGACGAGGUCGCGGGAUACGCGCCUGUCAAAUCGGAAGCUAGCGAGACGGACUGGAAAGGUAUCUUCCGGCGACUGUGUGAGUUUGACGAUGAUGGACAUGCGAUCAAACUAGGGAGGGCCGUGGCUAAUGGACAGCGGGUUUCGAAACCGUAUGAGGAAGAGGAGUGGACGAGGAUUAAAGGACCUAUGUGGGAGAAGAUCGGGAAUAUGGUUAUUGAUAGUGUGGAGGAUACGGGCAAUCACUGGGCAAGAAGCGUUGGGUUUGAGGAAGCUUGGAAGGAUUAUGAAGACCGACGGCCCAGGGAGAUUCGUCUCUAAUUGCAGCCACGGAGGGGAGGAUCUCGGGUAUUAUAGGUCUUGUAUGGGGAAACGCAUGGGGCUCAAAAAUUGACAACUUAUGUAUUAGUUUUUAAAAGUAAGGUAUGAUAUGGGACGGUUUCAAUCUAUAUCUCAGUUCCCCACGCGGGG